AUGAUUAUCUUUCAGGAAUGUUAUCAAUUAAAAAAUAACCGAUUACAUAGAUCUUACAGAAAUGGAAGUGGAAUACCAUCUGACAGUUAUGUCCUAUUUGUUGACGCUAUAAAUACAAUCACCUGUUAUGGUAAUGCAGCAGCAUAUGCAUCAUCAUGUUUAAUGGAUGAGGAAACAGAUAGGCCAAUUCUUGGAUUUGUAAAUGUGUGCCCAGGAAAAAUGGGAGUUGAUUAUCCUGAAGAUAGAAAAUCAAUUGGAGUUUUCCUACAUGAAAUUGGUCAUGCACUUGUAAGUUCAUCUAUUAUUUUGAUAAGAUAA